UGAUCAUACAUGCCAAAAUACAUUUGGUAACCCUUAAGAGUGCUAUAGGAUUGUGUUGUUAAAAAGAGAGAGAGGAAGAAGGCUGUUAUAUUUUAAAAAGUAAAUAAAAAGAUUCAAUGCCUUUUGCAGUUGCACGGCGGUUCGCUUUUCGUUGCAUACUAACAUAGUAAUUGGGGAAAGGUGCACCUGUUGAACAUAUGCCUGUCGUUCUGUUAAAGACAGCUAUUGAGCCCUUCCACAAGGUGGCAGCUGUCCUUAAAAAGAAAAAAAAAAGCCGGUUGUUCCCCUGUAGAAGCCUUUAAGGUGCCAUAGGACCCUGUUUUUGCUGCAACACACCAACAGGGCUACCCUUCUGGAAUUUCAAGGGAAGCUCUUUUAGUUCUGCCACAGGCACAUUCCAUGUCUCAUGAAAUCCCCAUCUGCUUCCAUGAUGAUGGAAAAAAAUAGGGGACUGGCAGAAUAGGAGAAAGCAAGGUCUCAAAAGGCUUUGGAGAUAUAUUUAAAAAAUGAAAAUCAGCAGCAGAUUUGGCUGCCAUGCAUGGGUGAAGACCUUCUCCACCAUAGUGCUAAUUAAACCACAAAGUGAAAUGAACCACACUGCUCCAAAUCUGAUUAUACAUGUUUUGGGCAGAUCUCAGCCUCACCUGUUAUUGCCAGCUUUUUCAGCCUUGUGGAACCAGAGACAGAACAGGAACUUUUUACUGCAUUUUAGAUACACAACUGAUGUUAUUGCCAGAGAGAACAAAACCACCAUAGAAAGCCUCUAUGAGUUAUCUGUGGAUAUCAAGAAGAUCCGUAGGCUAAAACCAUGGGUGCUGUCAAAAGAGACAACUUAUGUCAAAGAAACAGCUAAGAUUUUGCAAGAAAUGGGAGCUGAUAAGAGUUCUGUAGCAUAUAUAUUUGAACGCUGUCCCGAGGCAAUUAUUUGCAACCCUACAGAUAUUAGUUGUCAGAGAGACCUGUGGUUGUCGGUCUGUCAAAAUGAAAAGCAAUUAGUUGAAUUAAUAAAACGGUUCCCAGACUCCUUUUUUACAGUUGAACAUUAUGAAAACCAGAAAUCCAACAUUAGCUUCUUUAAAGAUCUGGGACUGAGAAAUACGAUUAUCAGUAGGCUCCUAACAAGUGCAUCAAAUAUAUUUUACAAUCCUGUCACAAAGAACAAGCAUAUGAUAGAAACCCUACAAAGUAACUAUCUAAGACUGGGUGGUUCACAGCAGAAUAUGAAGAACUGGCUGCUGAAAUUACUGAGUCAAAACCCAUUUAUUUUGUUAAAUGCCUCUGCCACUGUUCAAGACAAUUUGGAAUUUCUUCAGAAGAACAAAUUCACUGAUUUGGAAGUUUUAAGUCUGCUAUCCAAGCUAAAGGGGUUUAUUUUUCAACUUAACCCUUGCAAUAUGCAGAAGAGCCUAUUGUUCUCAAAGAAUAUCUUCAAGUGCAGUGAUCAAGAAUUAAAAGAGCUAGUAAUAAAAUGCCCUGCUCUUCUCUACUAUUCAGUUCCAGUUCUGGAAAAAAGAUUGGAGGAAUUAUUGAAGGUGGGAAUGUCUGUGGACCAAAUUAAAAGAACACCUGCAGUGUUAGAACUGUCAACAGAAAUAGUGCAAUACAGGAUUAAAAAAUUGGAUGCUAUAGGAUACAAUCUAAGAAGUGGAACUCUAGAGGAUCUGAAUGGGACAAAAAAGGAUUUUGAAGCUACUUAUGGAAAGAUUCAAGCAAAAAGGGAGAGACCAAUAUUUAAUCCAGCUGCUCCUUUAAAUAUCGAAGAUUAAUUUCCAGAAUGUGCUUAAACAGUGGUAUCUGGUAAGAGAGAAAAAGAUGACUUCUUACAACUGGAGAAUACUGGACCUAAUUGAUAUUCUCAAAGUUUUUUUUAUUCAGACUCUACUUCUUUCAGUUUAAAUGUAGUAUAAAUGCAUUUUCGAACUUGGUGACUAAUGGGAUUGCAAGCUUCCCCACCUAACUGGACAUUAGCUUAUCAGGGACUUAACUCUAGUGAAGCUGCUUUUAGCAAUAUUGCUGAUACUGAGUGUAUUAUACUAACCAAUAGAAAAAUAAAUCCAUCAGGACAUUCCAUAUUGCUUUUCAGUUAGUUGACAAAUAAAAGCUUUCAAAACAGUGCCUUAUUGAAAUAGCCCUGUAGUUUCACAAUUCCAUAAUUUUAGCAUUUUAUUAUUAGGAUUGCCACACACCCUAGAAUGCUGGAGGUCUCUUGGAUUUUGGACACCACACUUUUUCCCAUCAACGAGCUUUCAUUUUCACCUAAUACUUUUAAAAAAGCUUUUAUCAUUACACAUGCAAAAAUAAGCAGGGACACUUAAUUUAUGUUUGACUUCAGUUGUGGCGUCUGCUCAGUCCUGGAGAGGAAUAGGUAAGAGAGGAUCAGCAAGGAUGCUUUUAAAAUCAGCCACACCAUUCUGUACAUGUUACACCUCUCUUUUCUCUAAUAAGACUAAGACUAUGUAACCAGACAACACUGUAAUUAACAGUAUCUCGUUUGCAGUUUAAGCCUCUAGCAUCAAUAGGAUUAAUGCCUAUAAGCACUGUAAGUGUUAAAUGUUUAUACAUUCUACCCCUUCGUCUCAAUAUAGCUAACCAUUCUAAAAAUAAACCCCAUACAUAAACCAGUUAAAAUGCCUACAUAUGGAAGACAAGGAUCUUUGUAAAGCAUUCCUUUAAAAAAAAAGGAAUACAACAUUUUUGCUUUUAAAAAUGCUUUUAGGAAUCUUUUGUUGGGAGUGGUUGAACAGCUCAGAAUAUUAAAAUGAUAUCUUGAAAAUAUCUACAAUCAUGCUAGUCAAGGCAUCCCAUAUUAAAAGAGCUACUUAGGAGCUCUCAGAUAUAGGCAUGGUGUUAUUAUAGUGCUUUGCUGUACGAUUCAAUAUAGCUCCCACAAAACCCCUCAUUCGAGACAAUAGGAGUGAUUAAUUCCUCCUAUUGGGAUGGUUUGAAGCAUCACAUUCUAGGUCUGAAGAACGACAUUUUAUUUCAGAUUUUACAGGUUUGAGUGAUAGAAACAGUAUAGGUAAAAUAUUGUUCUUAUGAGCAUAUGAAGCUAGCCCAGCAUUGUCUAUUCUAACUGGCAACAUCUGUCCAUAGUCUUGA